AUGCAUAAAAUUCGCAGCGCAGCCCGCGCAUCGGCAUGGUACGGCCCCUCCUUCAACCCAUUCCAAAAGAUCCAAAGCCGGUCCCAUCGAUCGAACUCUAUGCAGCUCGAGGGUGGACUAGCCCACUCCCAGACCUUGGGCGACCUCUCAGCAGACCAGCAACGCCGAAGGGAAAUGAACGAGGGCAUCAGCGUCCCGGAGUACUCGAACACCUUCGGACCGGAGUUUGCUGGCAGCGACCAUGAAACACACAAAUCUCCGAGUGAACCGUCCAUGGCUAGUCAGGACACAAUCAAUGUCUCGCCGGUGCGCGGGAUUGAUACUGAGAGUGUGGGAUCGGCGCAAGCGCGUCAGCGGAAGGGUGGCAUCCUAGGAAAGUUCAAGCCUCGCCAUAAUGACGAUGAAUGGGAGGAUAAGAAGUCGCUUUCGGCUUAUCAUUCGUUCACUUUUGCCUCGCAGUUAAGGGCUACUGUCUUGAACUCGUGGAUCAACGUCCUUUUGAUCGCUGCACCUGUUGGAAUUGUGCUAUAUGCCGUUGGAGCCAAUCCGAUUGCAAUUUUCGUGGUUAACUUCGUUGCUAUCAUUCCUCUUGCUGCCAUGCUCAGUUUCGCAACCGAAGAGAUUGCCCUUCGCACGAGUGAAACAAUCGGUGGUCUGCUGAAUGCCUCGUUCGGUAACGCCGUCGAACUGAUCGUUGCAAUCAUCGCACUGGUCCAGCGCAAAACCCUCAUCGUGCAGACCUCGCUGAUCGGAAGCAUUUUGUCCAACCUGCUCCUGGUGUUGGGCAUGUCCUUCUUCCUCGGUGGUAUCCCUCGCAUCGAGCAACAUUUCAACGUGACAGUUGCCCAGACGGCCGCGAGUAUGCUCGCAUUAGCUGUUAGCAGUUUGAUCAUUCCCACUGCCUACCACAAGUGGUCUGAUCGCACCAGCGUCCUCCUUCUAAUAGUGUACGGCUGCUACCUCUUCUUCCAGCUGAAGUCACACGCCGACAUGUACAACCGACCCAGCCAGAAGGUCGAACGGCGAAGCGCGAAGGUCGAAGAGGGCGACGCCAGCCGAGGUAUUGCCCAAAUCGGCAAAAUGACUGCCACCCCGUUGGUCGGACAGAACCCCGACCACAUGCAGAUGGAGGAUCUCGAUGAUGAACCUGAGGAGCCUCAGUUGUCCAUUACGGUUGCGAUUCUCACGCUGAUCAUCUCGACUGCGUUUGUUGCUGCGUGUGCUGAGUUCAUGGUUGAAUCCAUCGAUGCUUUGACGGAGACAGGUAACAUUCGCGAGACGUUCGUCGGGUUGAUCCUUCUGCCUAUCGUUGGUAAUGCGGCUGAGCACGCUACCGCAGUGACAGUCGCAUGCAAGGAUAAGAUGGAUCUUACGAUUGGUGUCGCUGUUGGAUCUAGCAUGCAGAUUGCGCUGCUAGUGUUGCCGCUGAUUGUUGUUCUUGGGUGGAUCAUUGGCGUUGAGGAUAUGACUCUCAACUUCGAUGGAUUCCAGGUCAUCGUACUAUUCAUGUCUGUUCUUCUGGUCAACUACCUCAUCGGUGAUGGCAAGUCUCACUGGCUCGAGGGUGUCUUGUUGAUGAUGAUGUAUCUGAUUAUCGCUCUUGCGGCUUGGUUCUUCAUUUAA